GACGCUCCGCUCCCUUGGUGCCCUCCGGGGUGAAGUGUUCCUCAACGUGCAGUUCAAGCUACCCGAGCUGUGCUGUCACCAUUGCCAUGGCUUCGCAACCCGUCACUCUCGGUAUCGACUUGGGCACCACGUCCGUGAAGGCCGCCUUAUUGGAGGCUGCACCCGGCCACCCAUCCGGGUUCGUAGUGUUGGCGAGCUGCGCCCGGGCUGCGAGGGCAGAGACCGAGAGCGCGGCGGCCGGGUCCCAGGGGCGGGAGCAGGAUGUGACUAGAAUCAUCCAGGCCCUAAAUGAAUGCCUCGAUGCCCUUCCCCGGCAGCAGCUCCAGAGAGUCGGGGGCAUCGGAGUGUCGGGACAGAUGCAUGGCAUCCUAUUUUGGAAAGCAGGCCAAGGCUGUGAAUGGACAGAGGGAGGACCUGCCCUUGUAUUUGAGCCUAGAGCUGUGAGCCAUUUGGUCACAUGGCAGGAUGGCCGUUGUAACAGUAGUUUCCUGGCUUCUCUGCCGAAGCCAGCAUCCCAUCUCAGCGUGGCCACGGGAUUUGGCUGUGCGACCAUCUUCUGGCUUUUGAAAAACAGCCCGGAGUUUCUGAAGUCCUAUGAUGCGGCUGGCACCAUUCAAGACUAUGUGGUUGCCAUGCUGUGUGGUUUGCCAAGACCCCUGAUGUCUGACCAGAACGCUGCUAGCUGGGGCUAUUUUAACACCCAGAGCCAGAGCUGGAACUUGGACAUACUGGAAAUGGCAGGCUUUCCUACCCACCUUCUCCCCGACAUUGCAGAGCCAGGCAGCGUGGCAGGCAGAACUUCUCACACAUGGUUUGAAAUCCCAAAGGGGACACAGGUGGGCAUAGCCUUGGGUGAUUUACAAGCCUCUGUCUAUUCCUGCAUGGGCCAAAGGACUGAUGCAGUUCUCAACAUCAGCACCUCAGUGCAGCUGGCAGCCUCCAUGCCUGUGGGAUUCCAGCCACUGCAGACUCCGGAUCCUGCAGCCCCAGUCGCCUUCUUCCCUUACUUCGACAGGACCUACCUAGGGGUGGCAGCGUCACUCAAUGGAGGCAACGUGAUAGCCACGUUUGUCCACAUGCUCGUUCACUGGAUGGCAGAUCUAGGUCUGGAGGUUGAAGAAUCCACUGUGUAUUCACGUAUGAUCCAGGCGGCUGCACAGCAGAAGGACACCCAUCUCACCAUCACCCCAACAGUGCUGGGGGAGAGGCACCUGCCAGACCAGCUGGCGUCUGUGACUAGAAUCUCCUCCUCUGACCUUUCCCUGGGCCAUGUGACCCGGGCCCUAUGCAGAGGCAUUGUUCAGAACCUGCACUCCAUGCUCCCUUUUCAACAGCUCAAAGAGUGGGGUGUGGCACGGGUGGUGGGGAGUGGAAGUGCACUGUCCAGGAAUGAGGUGCUGAGGCAGGAGGUCCAGAGGGCAUUUCCUUUCCCAGUGUGCUUUGGGCAGGAUGUAGAUGCAGCCUUUGGGGCAGCUCUGGUCAUGCUCCAGAGAGACCUCAGCCAGAAGGAACCUUAGAUCAGCAAGCUCUUUGGCUAAAGGAAUGAUGGGAAUCUUACCUAAUUGACAAUGUCAGUAUGAUCGCUGGGUUGUCCUUUUCUGGGAUGAUUCUGUGGGAGGACUGUAAAUUAUAUCUAGACUGAUGAAGAUCUUACCUUUGGGGCAUGUGAUAAUCAUAUAGCUAGGAAUCUCUAAUCAGACCCCAAACUAGUGCCUUCCACGAAUAGGAUCUUCUGAGAGCGGAUUGCAAAUGCAGAUGUGGGAGGUGGAGAGAAUGGGAGGGAGGAAACUGAGAAGAGGGAGAAGAAGAGAGAACAAACAGCUUCCCGGUCACUGGGCUUGGCUGUGAUUCAUUCGUAGACAGAAAGAAAAGAAAGAUGAUGUAUGAAGAGUCUGGUAGCCAUGACUCCAACUAAGCAAAGAAGACCUGCUUUAUGCCCAGCCUUUGGAUUGGUCCAGCGUUGAGUCAAAUGCAUUACUGGGAAAAUCCUCGCUGCCAGACUGUAGCAGGUGGCUGGAGGCCCCUUUCCUAGUCUUGCGAAAUAGAAAGAGCCUUACUUAGUUCAGCAAGCUCUUUGGCUAAAGGAAUGCUGGGAAUCUUCUCUAACCAGUCAGUUUGACAGCCCUGUCAGUUGAAGGGAACAGCUAUAGCAUGUUCUCCAGUCAGAGAGACCGAAGGACAUGAAGCAACAGGCCUUGAGGAGGAAGUCGAGGCCUGUGUGCUUGCCUUGCCAUGUGCUUCCGAGAAACUGCUGCACCAUGGCUACCCUGAGUCCUCUCAACGCAACUGGCUUAAAGGCAAAUCCCAGAGAAGGAAAGGCAGCUGGCAUGAACAGCUAAAGGGACCACAGAACAUUGUGACGAACAUCAUUUGACAGACUGUUUUCAAGAUGGCAGCAAGUUGCCAGCCCUUUCCUAUGACUGUGUAUGGCCACAUGUCUCUCUAACCCCUGCCACAAAGGGUGGCCAGUUUCAUGAGAGAACCCUUAUCCCACAAGUCCUACCUCUUUCUCCAUGGUGAAGAUCUUGCUGGCCUCUGGUGGUUCUGGCCCAGUAGAAAUGUCCUGUUCAGAUGGGCAUGCAUAUAGGGUGAGAGAACCACCAGUCUUCCCAUGUUACAGUACCUUCAAGGAGAGGGUGAUCGUCACUGUGUCUACUCCUAGACUCCUAAAGGACCCACAGCUUGGGGGCACCUGUGAUUUUUGGGGGAGAAACCAUGUCAUCUCUUUGUAAGAGUCAUUUCAUAAGGUAUAUUAUUGCGGUAACACUUUUGAUGAAUUUACCUCCCACUGCUGGCUACAGUUCAGCUAACUGAAUAAAUUUCAUUUUUCCAGA